AUGCCACUUCACUGCUGGGGGUCGUCUGCAUUUGGACAGCUGGGCCUGGGGGAGAGUGUACUUGAAGAAGGCAAAGUACUGUCACCAGUGUCUCAUGGUUAUUUUAGUAACGAUCGUACUGUAUUAGACAUUGGGUGUGGCCUUCAUCAUACAGUAUUUGUGUUAGAAGAUGGCACAAUUUGGACAUGUGGAUCUAAUGAUGAAGCACAACUUGGACGUGAUUCACCAAUCGAGUUAGGUCAAGUAUUUGCAUUAGAACUUCAUCGUAUUAUUGGUGUAAGCUGUGGUGACUUUCAUACCUUGGUAAUCAAUGACAAAUACUCUGUAUUUAGUUGGGGCAAUGAUCAGUAUGGACAGUGUGGGAGAGGAGGCAUCAGUCUAGAACCUAAACCAAUACCAAGGUUGAUUAAAUCGUUAGAAGACAUGCGAGUUGUACAAGUUGCAUGUGGCUCCUCACAUUCUUUGGCUCUAACCACAAAUGGGCAAAUCUAUGCAUGGGGUGCAAAUGAUCACGGCCAGCUGGGACUUGGAUCCAAGGAAUCAAUGAGUAAACCAACAUUAGUUUCAUCGUUACAAGGUCUUCCUGUUAAACAAAUCACAUGUGGGAGAUCACACAGCUUUGCUUUAUCUGUCUCAGGAGCAGUAUUUGGAUGGGGCAAUAAUUCUUGUGGUCAGCUAGGACUCAAUGAUGAACGAGGUAAACAUUCUGUUCCUGUAAACUCUGCCUAA